AUGAGCAUCAAACCGCAGACCAAGAAUUCUCGUCUAUCCCCCGCUUCAGUCAUCAAAACGUGCAACAUGUCUUUCUACGAGUCUUCGAAGAAUAUCUGGCUUGAGGACGGCCACAUCCUCCACGCCGACUGUCAGGACGACGAUGGCAACUGGAACGAAUCCACCAUCGAUCUGAAUGAGUUUAUUGGCAACUCCGACGGCUGGUUCGAAUGGGAUGGCGUGAACUUCUCUGAAUCUGCCCAUGACAUCUUGCUGGACGGCUCCAGGCUAACCGCCGAAAUGGGCAUGGUCGAGGGCGGAAACCGCGAGCGACAGGGCCUCGAGUUGAAUGACCGCAUUGGCAACGAAAACGGGCAGCUGGUGUACAGGAACUAG